GGCUUCUGGUCUGUGACAGAGUUCAUGGUAUUUGUUCUGUAAUUGAAUUAUUGAAUUUUUUGUAAAGCAAGAUUUUAUUAUAAGAGAAAAUUAACAACUUUAUUGUACUUAUUAUUGAUGAGAAUGGAUUCUUAACGCGAAGGUAUAAUUAAGGCGACGACAUGGUUGUCUCACCGCAAAGCCCUGCAAGUGAAACUCAAACCGCACAAGUAAAAAAGAACAAUAUGGCGUCCAAACAAACAUCAGUGGCAGAUACAAGAGCUGAUCUAGCCGAAUUAGUUAAAAAAAAGGCUGAAGUCGCUGAAACCUUAGCCAACUUGGAACGGCAAAUUUAUGCAUUUGAAGGAUCAUAUCUAGAGGAUACCCAACUGUAUGGCAAUAUCAUCCGAGGAUGGGAUAGAUACCUUACAACAAACAAAAGUACCAACUCUAAAGCAGAUAAAAGGAACAGGAAAUUCAAAGAGGCAGAAAGACUAUUCUCAAAGUCUUCUAUAACGUCUAUGGCUGCUGUCAGUGGUCUUGUAGACCCUGCUGAAACUAAGAAUGAGAGAAAUAGUGAAACAGAAUCUCAAACUAAUGAGGAUUCUUCAGAUACACAAAUCAGCACUGGAAUGGGUAUGGGAGCCUUGAAUCAUACAACAAUACAUGGUUCCACAGAAAGCAUUGCCUCUAAACCUUCAGGAAAACAGCACACCAAUGGGAGUAUUGAAAAAAACAUUAGUAGUGCUCUAUUAAAACAAAAUGUUUCACAGAAAAUUUCAUCACAAUCUAAUGUGCUCCAAAAAGCAUUUGGAAGUGACAGCAAGAUGUUAUCAGCCGUUGGAUUAGACAGUAGGCCAGGCACACCAAAAGACAAAGAUGGUGGUAGUAGUUUGAUUAACAAAGGUGAUACAACACCAAAUUCAUUGAAACAUAAACUGUCAAAUAGUAGCAAUAACAGCAAUAUUAAGAAGAGCAACAACAAGAAAGCAAGACAUAGAUAAAUAUUAUUAUUCAACUACUUAAUGAAAUUGAUAAUAAUGUACUUUAAAACCAGCAGAGCAGCAGAAAUUUUAUUACGGCAUGCUUAUUAUGGUUAAAAUUUUAUUUUAAUGAAUUACAUGGAUUAAUAAAAUGACAUUUUAAA